CACCUGAUGGAAGGGAGGGAAAUAGGUAAGUAUAUAAGUCUUUAUCUCUCCCACAGAUUCAUACAGCCAACAACCUGACUGGGACAAGACUGUUCAACACUCACUUGACAUCACCAUGAAGCUGCUUACCCUGACUGUGCUGCUCCUGACCAUCUGCUCCCUGGAAGGAGCCGUGGUUCGGAGACAGGCAACAGAACCUGAGGUGACUGACUUCUUCACUCAGUACAUUCGGAAACUGGCAGAUAUAGGCAAGGAUGUAGCAGAGAAAGUUCAAGUCCCAGAGGUGCAGUCCCAAGUCCAGGCUUAUCUCGAAAAGUCACACGAACAAGUGAUCCCACUGGCCAAGAAGGCCUUAACAGACACAAUAACCUUUUUCAGCUCUCUUGUGGAGUCAGGCAAGAAGGCUGUCAACCAGUAGGAUUUUUCCUAUCUUCAGCUUGUCCCCAAACCAGUCUUCAAGUUGUCCUUUUCCUCCCCACUCCCUGAAAAUCCCCUAUUUUCUACAAUAAAUGCUAUAUGAUCUAUG